AUGGAAGUGGGUGGAGUGUAUUUGCGUUGCCUUGACACCAAUCUGCAUCAGUAUAUCGGACAGCUUUGGCAAGCACUUCCAAGAACCCAUCAAGCUGAUAGCAAUCUAUUUUCGUUAUUCAGCACGCUUUGCCGGCUAUCACCGCAAGGGCGUGGAGAGGCGCUCCUGUUUUACUCAGGCCUGCUGCGAAAAGUCUGUUGGGCAUACUGGUCUGUUUCAGGGGAGUUCGAAGACUACCGCUACGACAGUGACUUCGAAGACAGCAAAAAGGCUGCCGAGGAAUUCUGGAAGAAGUUCUCGAAGAAGAAGCGUGAAAGCACGAAGAAACCACGCCAACCCCAAGCACCUGCAGGAACAGGGAAUCCGGCGGAGGGAUCUGAAAUACAUGCAAGAACAGAGGAUCGAGCAGAUGAAGACGGAGAGGAUCCGGCAAGCUCUGUGCUUCAGACGCCUUUCGUGGAGUGUUUGCCUGAGUACCUCACAGAGACGGAGAGUAUGCGCGCAGCCCUUUUUCAGAAGUUUGUGGAGGAGGUGCUAGAAUGCACCGAAGAGGGGGAAGAUGAGCUACAGAGGAGCUACGGAUCUCCGGGUUCAGCUCCCAGAGUGAUUCGAAGCAAAGAUGGCGAUGACGACGACAAGCUAGAAGGUAGGAGGAGGAGAAAGCAGAUGUCGGAAAACAACCACGGGAACAGUGACAAACAUCACAAGGACAAGGAGAACUUGAAGGACCAGGAGAUUCAGAAGCUGAAGGAGGAUCUGGCCAAGUCGGAGGCAGCCCGCCUGAAGGCGGAAGGAACCCAGUCAAGUUUAGCCCCGACGCAGGAACAACCUGCCGCAAAUUAA